UGUACUUUUCCAAUGCUUUACCCUCUUAACAUUCUGCUCAUCGGAUAACUUUCUGUAGGCGCAUCCACGUUCCACAUACCUGCAACACAUCUGAAAUCGAACAUAGAGCUCGAAGUCUAUCGUCUGAGUCCCUUGCCGCACGGCAUGCAAAGUUUACUCCGCCAAGUGCCCAGUCCACGCUCGAUAGUGAUGUAAUUGGACUCUCUGACUCUCUUAGCGAUAAGUCAUCUGAGCAAUUAUUGCAGCAAAUCCUCAACACUCUUCGAAGUUCCAACAUCAUGGAAAAGGGAGCAAAGGAUGAGCGAUCGCGAUUCUGGACGGUAUACCAAAAGGUUGCAUCACAACACGACGACGAUUUUUUGGAGCAAUAUGGUGGUGACAUGGAUAUUGUCUUGAUCUUUUCUGGCCUAUUUUCCGCAGUGAAUACGGCGUUCAUCGCUACUAUGGGGCCUAGCGACGCUACUCCCACAGAUGCUUUAUUGACGCAAAUCAUCACACUGAUGGUAAUGAACAGCCAUGGAACCCCUAUCACAGAUACUUAUCCGCUUCCCGUACCACCUGCAUAUUCCAACGGGCAAAUAUGGUUUCAGACACUAGCUUAUGCCAGCCUUUCAUUCAGCCUUCUCGCAGCAUUCGGCGCCGUUUUGGGUAAACAAUGGCUCCGCAUCUACAAGCUUAAACGGUUCGGGUGUGGAUCCCUCGAGGAGCAGGGCAAGAACAGACAACAAAAAUUUGACAGCCUCAAAGCG